GGACCCCGCGGGGCACUGGGGUCGGGGAGGUCGGGAGCGCGCCCGUGGCUCGGAGCAGCGGCGGCGUCGGUGGUGUUGGGAGCGAGCGGGCCCGGGAGCGGCGCGGGUGGUGGAGGAGGAGCCGGGGGCUCGAUUCUCUAACCAUGGCACAGGUAGAAAAACGGGGCGGUUUGCUCAGGAAAUCUUCAGCCUCCAAAAAACCACUAAAAGAAAAAGUGGUGCUGAUGUAUGAUGAGAUCUUUAUGACAGAGGACCCCAGUAAGUGUAGUCCUCGGUUUUGGGAAGAGCUUUUCCUUAUGAAGGUGAAUUUAGAGUACCUAGAAGGCAAAUUGGAAUCUCUUGAUGGUGAGGAGUUAAUGAAGAUCAAGGACAAUAUUAAUUGCUUAUUUCAACAUUGCAUCCAGGCUCUGGGAGAGGAACAUCCAAUUCGUGUUGUCAAUGCAUUGCAGACCUUGUGUGCACUUAUUCGAGGAGUCCAUCAAAAGAAUAAGUCUACCUCUGGGUUUGAUAUUAUCAACAUGCUGAUGGGCUUUGACAAGGCGGAGCUUUGCAUGAAGAACUUGAUGGAGAGUUUGGAUUCAUUGCUUUGUGCAGAAGGUUCUGAAAGUCUGAAGAGUUUAUGUCUGAAAUUACUACUUUGCUUAGUGACUGUGACAGACAACAUCAGCCAGAACACUAUCCUGGAGUAUGUAAUGAUCAACAGCAUAUUUGAAGCAAUUUUACAGAUACUUUCCCAUCCCCCAAGUCGUAGAGAGCAUGGGUAUGAUGCUGUUGUCCUCUUGGCUUUGCUGGUAAACUACAGAAAAUAUGAGUCUGUGAAUCCUUAUAUUGUGAAGCUGUCUAUUGUGGAUGACGAGGCCACACUCAAUGGAAUGGGGCUUGUAAUUGCUCAGGCUUUAUCUGAGUAUAAUAGACAGUAUAAAGACAAGGAAGAAGAACACCAGAGUGGCUUUUUCUCUGCUUUAACAAAUAUGGUGGGCAGCAUGUUCAUAGCAGAUGCCCAUGAGAAAAUCUCAGUACAAACCAAUGAAGCCAUUCUUCUCGCACUUUAUGAAGCUGUUCAUUUAAAUCGCAACUUCAUCACAGUAUUAGCUCAGAGUCAUCCAGAAAUGGGCUUGGUGACAACCCCUGUCAGUCCUGCCCCAACAACCCCAGUCACACCACUUGGGACCACGCCACCCUCCUCUGAUGUUAUAAGUUCUGUGGAACUCCCACUGGAUGCAGAUGUACAGACCAGUAAUCUGCUGAUAACCUUCCUAAAGUAUAGCUCAAUUGUCAUGCAGGACACCAAAGAUGAACACAGGCUUCACAGUGGCAAGCUCUGUCUGAUCAUCCUUACGUGUAUUGCAGAGGAUCAGUAUGCCAAUGCAUUUUUGCAUGAUGACAAUAUGAAUUUUCGAGUGAAUUUACAUAGAAUGCCUAUGAGACACAGGAAGAAGGCAGCAGACAAGAACCUUCCCUGCCGUCCUUUAGUAUGCGCGGUACUAGACUUGAUGGUAGAGUUUAUUGUAACACACAUGAUGAAGGAGUUUCCUAUGGAUCUCUAUGUACGCUGCAUUCAGGUAGUACAUAAACUGCUUUGUUACCAGAAGAAGUGUCGAGUUCGCCUUCAUUACACCUGGCGUGAACUCUGGUCAGCCUUGAUAAAUUUGCUGAAGUUCCUUAUGUCAAAUGAAACUGUACUUUUGGCCAAACACAACAUUUUUACAUUAGCCCUUAUGAUUGUGAACUUAUUUAAUAUGUUUAUCACAUAUGGCGACACAUUCCUACCAACCCCCAGCAGCUAUGAUGAACUUUACUAUGAGAUUAUCCGCAUGCACCAGAGCUUUGACAACCUCUACUCCAUGGUCCUGAGGCUUUCUACUAAUGCAGGCCAAUGGAAGGAAGCAGCUAGCAAGGUGACCCAUGCAUUGGUUAAUAUCAGAGCCAUCAUCAACCACUUUAACCCCAAAAUUGAGUCCUAUGCUGCUGUGAAUCACAUAUCCCAACUGUCAGAGGAGCAGGUGCUAGAGGUAGUACGAGCCAACUAUGACACACUCACACUGAAGCUGCAGGAUGGCCUGGACCAGUAUGAGCGCUACUCAGAGCAGCAUAAGGAAGCUGCCUUCUUCAAAGAGCUGGUUCGAUCCAUUAGCACCAAUGUCCGGAGGAACCUGGCCUUCCACACACUCAGCCAGGAGGUCCUGCUAAAGGAGUUCUCCACUAUCUCCUGAGGCCAUGCCCACCUGACAGCCACUGACUGCCCUUACUCAUGAGGCUCCUGAGCUGGAUGGGUGCAAGGGGAGAGGGGGCUGCCUCCAAGAUUGGAGAGAAACAGAUACUGAGUUCUCCUGGUGAAGGCCACACUUCAGUGAAGCUUGGACAGCAGGGGCAAGCCAGGGAUGAUCUUAUUUGGGGAGGAAUGGGUGGGCAAAAGGAGAGACAUCCAAGAACAUGGGGACUUCUAGAUGGGUCCCCUGGACACCCCCUCACAUUUCCAAUUAACUUUACAAGUUGUGACUUCUGGCUGAUUUUCAGAAGCUGAUGGGGCAAGCCUCAGGAGAGGCCAGGACCCUGAAGGCUAAUGGCUUUCCUUGGCUUCUGAAAAUAGAUCAACUUUCAGACAUACCAGGAGCCAUAUCCUGUUCCCUUUAAGCUUGGAGCUGAGCUGGGUUUGACAUCUGUGUCCUUACCCUGCUAGGACUCUGUCCAGUCAUUAGGACCCUCAGGUCAGGCUUAGGAUAGGAUAGGAUAGGAGUAGGGCACUUCCCCCCCCCCCCCAAUUCAAAGUCGAUUCCUGUAAGAAACUGGAGGCUGGAAUCUACGCAGUGCUCACUGUCUGGCCACCACUUUCUGAAUUUUAGUUUUGGCACCAGAAAUACCUGUUAGCUUUCCCUUGCCUUCCAGCCCAUUGACUCAUCAGCAUAAAAGGCUUACAACCUUAGCUUUGCAUUUUUAGUUUGGUUUAAACUGUCUUUAGGGUGUGCACAAAAUAAACAUUGACAGGUUUUCUGGAGCCCUUAAA